CAAUCAGAAGAGAUCGAACGCCCAUGAUCGUCCGACGCGACGGCCGGCUGGCGCUGCUCGAGUCGGCGCCAAGCACAUGCAUCGACUGCCCGGUCAUCGUGGAAAACGCGCGCGCGACACUGCUACGCACAGGCGUAGCUCUCCUCGAGAGGCUCGUCGGUGCCUCGCCGCCCGUGUAUGUGCUGGUCGUCCGCAACGACCUCGCAAGCGCCGCCGCCAUCGUGGCAGCCGCCGAGAGCAAGCACGUCGUGGUCCUCUUGCCGGCGUCGCGCCUGCACUUGCUCGAGUACACGAUUGCCCAAACGGGCGCAGCGUUGGUCGUGGAUGCGACCGUGGGUACUGUGACGACGACGACGACGACGACGUACCGUCCACAAUGGCCUUGCGAGGCGUUUGGAUCCGACGGCGGCGUGUGCAUGCUCACGUCGGGCAGCACAGGCACGUCCAAAGUCGUGGCAUGCGCGUGGCCGAGCAUGUAUGCGCAGGGCGACGCGACGCAGGCCGCCAUGUUCCCCACCCGUCCAUGUCGCUUCGUGCUCGCGUCAUCGAUCGCCCACGCAUAUGCGAUCAACGCGCUCUUUGCCAUUCUGACGUCAGCGCAUGGUGACACGUCGACACUCGUUAUGAGCAGUCGCAUGGACGCGCUCGUGCCCGUCUUGUCGACGCCGGCACCGUCGGCCGUGACCAUUGUCUUUGGCACCCCAGGCACGUACGCGCCGCUGCUGCAGGGCUCGAAACCCGUGCCCUUGUUUGCUGACUUGGCCUACAGCGCCGGCGUGACCUUGCCGACCGAGAUGCACACUGCGCUGCGCCGCGACUUUGGCCUUUUCCUCGUACAAAACUAUGGGUCGACCGAGACCGGUGGGAUUGCCGCCGGUGGGAUCCGUCCCGGCGUCGCACCGCCGACGCAUCUACGUCUUCCAAACGCCGGUGCGCUCUGGCCCGGCGCGCUCGUGCGCGUGCAGAAGCCAAGCACCGGGAUGGUGUGUCGGGACGGCGAAGACGGCGAGCUCGUCGUGCAGACACCGUGGCAGUGUGCGGGUUACGUCGAGCAGAAAACGCUCGUCCGCAUUAGUGCCGAUGGCUUUUACCAAACGUCGGACGGCGGGGCCGUGGUCCAAGGCCACGUGUUUGUCGGCGACCGUCUCCGCGCGCCCGUGCGCUGCCGCGCCGGCCACUUUACGGUCUUUGUACCCCGGCACGAGAUUGAAGACGCUGUCUUGCAACACCCAGCGAUCUCAGAUGCCCUCGUACCCGUCGUCGACGCUUCGCCCGAGACGGUCGUGCUCCUCGUCGUGACGUCGCUGCCUUUGCAAGAGGCAGAGAAAGUCUGUCGUUCGUUGCUGCCGUCGUUUGUCUCGACCGUCGACAUUCGAAAGGUGGAGCACUUGGCGUGCAGCGCCGCCGGGAAGCUCCUCUACUCGAUCCCAGAGUAG